GGUUCUCCACUCCACACUGACACUGCUAAUCCAUUUCUCUUUGUUUGUUUUCCUGAAUGGCUGGAUACUUUUAGAUUUGAUUGCCACAGAAUGGUUCAGAUAAUUGUACAAAACCAUUGUUCUGCUGUGUUGUGCUUACUAAUUUGGCAUCCUUGCAGGAAUCUCGUAUGGCACAGAUGAGCACAGCCUCAGGGAUGCGCGGUUUGCAUUGGUAGUACCUCAAUGCCAAAUGGAACAUAUGGGUUUGCAUUGGUGCUGCUGGGUCACAUAUGUACUUGUGAUCUUGAAGUUCCAUUCGAUGUCGUAGACACCAAUGCUACGUGUGGUGCAUUUGGUUUUCUGAUUUCAUCUUACAACUAUUAGUUGAUAUUACAGUUUUUAACUUGCAUGAGAUGCAAGAAAUAUAGAAUAAUUUCAUAUAAUCAACCUUACUCUUAUGAUUGGUUGGUGCCUUAAUAUUGCUCUUCUGGUUUGUUAUCUAUAGUAAAUUCCAUGGAUAGGCCCUUAAACUUGGACAAGCGUCUCAUCUAGGUAUCUGAACUUGAGAAAUAAACAUUUAUGUCGUUGAACUUGUAUAAAGUGGGUCAGCAGACUUCCAAGUCUCUUUUAAUUUUGAAUGAAAUAGGAGAAAAAAUCUUGGCUUAUUCUGAAUUGUUGUUUUAACACACCAUCAUCGAUCGAACUGAUGAAAAGUUGAUGUUUGUACUUUUAAGAUAAAUAUUCAGUGCAUUUUUAUAAGUAUUAUCAUCUCUCGUCUAAUAUUUCUGAUUUUCUGAUCAAUUAUUUUCUCAAAUAUAACUUAAGAAAAGUGAAUGUGCCAUGUCACCAAAACCUGUGAAUUAAGCUGGAAUUGUCCCUGCUUUGACACAGCGUACCAGUGAAAGAACCAGAUUUGCAACAUAUUUGAGCCUAAUGGUCAUGGGCUGAAGUGAGAUUGUCAUGCAAGUUUAGGGAUUUAUGGUGCAUUUUUAAGGUUUUAUACUUAAGAUAUGACAAUGGUGUAUUGUGGUUAGUGAACAUGAAAAAUAAGCUAAAUCUGUCAAUUUGUUCUAUUGGAAAUGCUUACAUAUGGCAACAGCAGAAUUUGUAACAGCUGAGGAGCUAGGAUAGCUACGGUACUACAAAUAGGAAAAAUGAAGUUAUCUUGUAUGUAUCCUGUCUGGGCCUGGCAUAACUAGUGGGGGGGGGGCAUACGAAUAUAGCAUGCGAUAGAUUGACUUACAUAUUACAUACAAAAUCUAGGCAACAUGCAUGUCAUAUUUAAAUCAUACAUUUUGUUUUCAUGCAACAGUUUACAAAAGAACUUACAUUGCAGCAAGCACCCAUUAAUGAACUGUAUGCAAUUGUUCCAACGUGUAAACCUUUUGCUCUUGCAUCUUUCAUUAUCUCACUCCCCCGUUAGUCUAAUUUGUCAGUAUCCAUUAUAUGUGUUCAAUUUGUCUGUGCAGAGUCAGAUCAUUACCGGUGAUCGUGUUCCUGCCGCCUCUGGUUUCUGUGCGAGAGCUCUUCCGAUGAGGGGUUUCUCCACGGUGGGAAAUGCUGAGGUUGCUUCAGACGAUGAGGAUUCCAGCUCUCCAGCGGUUGCGCACCCCCCACGGAUUAAGUUCAAGAGGCUCGACAAGACUGCCAGGCACAUCAUGAAUAUCUUGAACAAAGAGGCAGUUGAAAAGGUCCGCUCUGAGAGGGAGAUUCCUGAUGUACAACCUGGAUGUAUCAUUCAAAUGAGAUUGCAAGUUCCUGAGAACAAACGGCGAGAAUCUACAUUGAAAGGGAUUGUGAUAGGAAGGCGUAAUGCUGGGAUCAAUACAACUUUCAGACUUCGUAGAUUAGUAGCUGGUAUUGGAGUUGAGUCUGUCUUUCCACUCUACUCACCAAACAUCAAAGAAAUCAAGAUAUUGGACAGGAAGAAAGUCAGGAGAGCUAAGCUGUAUUACCUGAGGGACAGGAUGAACGCACUUAAAAAAUGAGACAGAUUUCAACUUGUUUUUAGGAUUUUGUCCUGUGGAUUUGCAUGGUUUCUGAAGAUGCAGAAAAUUGCAGUUUGAGAAUCACAUUUUUAGUCCAAUUUUGGAUGUCACAAUUUGUAGUUCCCAAGCAGCAAGUGCUAGUAGAGAUAUGACUUUAUGAUUCAGAAUUAACAUAUGUGGAUCAGUCCUAUCUGAGUCGCAGAUGCUACUGUAGCAUCAGCGCAGAAAUAAUCUUGCCCUGAUCUAUACCUUCACUUUAUCUUUAAAAAAAAUGUCAUUCUCUACCC